AUGCCCCGUCUGUCACUCUUCGCGGCUUUCGCCGCUGCCUCCGGCUUCGUCCUCUCCGCCAUCGCCCAUCCGGGUCAUCAGCAUCAUGCUCGUGGUUGGAUAUCUCGCCAUCAAGCUCUCGGUAAACGCGCAACUAUCACUCCUGACCAAACCUGUGGAGCCACCAAUGGUUACUUCUGUGCGGCCGGCGAAUGGUGCUCGGCGUCCGGAUGGUGCGGUACUGGUACGGCUUAUCAGGACAACUGCCAGGCAGCCUACGGGGGGUCUGGCACGACUUGUCCUUCCACGGUCGCUUACGGGUCACCCUCUCCUGACAACACGUGCGGAGGGACAAAUGGCUACGUCUGCGGGGCCGGGUUGUACUGUUCUCAGUCUGGCUACUGCGGUAAUACUAGCGAUUACAUCACCAAUUGUCAAGCUGCCUUUUGUGGUACGGGCACGUCGUGCGCAACAUCCACCUCAUCCGCUGCUUCGUCCGGCGUCUCGACUGACGGUACUUGCGGUGGUACGCAGGGCCUCAAAUGCCCAGAUAGUCAAUGUUGUUCUGAUGCUGGAUAUUGCGGAACCGGUGAGGCGUGGUGCGAUUCGUCCAACUGUCAGCCUGCUUAUGGGUACUGCGAUCCCGUUUACGUUCCUGCUGGCUCGAACACUUCGACCGUUGCGAGGCCUCAGUUGGGAAGUGUCCAGUAUGGGGGAGCUGGUAUCUAUGAUUGUGUCAGCGAGACUCAGGUCGCGCUUACCUUUGACGAUGGUCCCUACCUGUACACCACUAAUAUCCUUGAGCUGCUCAAGAAUCACAGUGCUGUCGCUACGUUCUUCAUUACUGGUAACAACCUCGGGAAGGGUCCCAUCGACAACACCAGUCUUCCAUGGGCCUCCAUGAUCCAAGAGGCGUACGCCAAUGGAAACCAAAUUGCCAGUCAUACCUGGACUCACCCAGACCUCUCUACCCUUUCCGUCGCUGAGCAAAAGUACGAAAUGGAACUCAACGAGAUGGCGUUGCGCAAUAUCCUUGGGUUCUUUCCCACUUAUAUGCGCCCGCCGUACUCUUCUUGCACGGCUGAGUCUGGUUGUGAAGAUACCAUGAACGGGAUGGGAUACCACGUUAUCUACUUCGACGUCGAUUCGGAUGACUAUAAUCAGGAUGCUCCCAACCUCAUUCAGAACUCGAAGAACUGGGUCAAGGGCAACCUAACCGACGCGAAUUCUGACAACCGCCUCGUCAUCAUGCACGACAUUCAUUACCAGACUUCGUACAACUUGACAACGUACGUCUUGGAGCUUUGCAAGACGAUGGGGUUGGAGUUCAUUACUGUUGGGGAGUGUCUUGGAGAUCCGGAGGCGAACUGGUAUCGCUCGUCUUCGCCCGCUUCUGCCACUCCCAGCGCUUCGACUGUCAAAACUGCAACUGCGACGUCCAAGACGACCACCACCACGCCUAAAGCAACUGCUACCACGUCCAAGACGACGACUACUACUGUCAAGACGACCACUACUGCCAAAGCAGCUACGACAUCGCCUAAGCAGAUUACCACAACAUCGAAGAAGGCUACCACUACGGCGAAGAAGACUACUGUCACUGGGCGUAAUGGGGCUCCCUCGAAUGGGAAGAAUGGUGGAUACAAUGGCGUCAAUGGCGGCGGACACGGUCGUUAA